UGCCGCUGAGUACACGGUGGGGGCGUGUCUCCAGGUAACUCCGCACGCAGUUACCGGAGAAACGCGGGAAGUGGGGCCCAGACUUCGUUCUGUCCGCCGCUAAGGUUGUUUCAGGUCCAGAGCGAGCAGGUAGCCUGUCCAAGGCGAAGCCCGUUUGCCUGCCCGGGUCGCGACGCCAUGGAGGUAGUGGAGGCCGCCGCCGCUCAGCUGGAGACUCUGAAAUUCAGCGGCAUCGGCUCCGGGGUUGGCCAAGGGGUUGGCCAAGGUGAGGCGGUGGUGUCACCGGACUCCGUCUGUGCCCCAGAGCCCCCGCCACCACCACCGUCGGAUGAAGGGUCCCCAGACACCGGGCAGGACGCGGAGGCUCAGCCGCCUGAACUCGCGUCGAGCACGGCCGUCGGCGGGAACUCCGCGCCGCAGCUGGGGCCAGAACCGCCACCUGGAGGGACCUGCGGCGCCAGCCCGGGCGCUGCAGAGCUGGUGCGGACCCCAGCCUCCGUGGAGACCUCGGACUCGGAUUCGGAUUCGGACAGUGAAACAGAUUCAGAUAGUUCAAGUUCUUCUUCCUCAUCAUCUUCCUCUUCCUCUUCCACUCCAAUAUUACUUCCUCCAGUGCUAUCAGAUGGAGAUGACGAUUUACAAGUUGAGAAGGAAAAUAAGAAUUUUCCUCUUAUUAAAACAAAAGAUGAAUUACUUCUUAAUGAACUACCUUCAGUUGAAGAAGUCACUAUUAUUCUGCCUGAAGAUAUUGAAUUAAAACCUCUUGGGAUGGUUUCAAGUAUUAUUGAACAAUUAGUAAUAAUUGAAUCUAUGACUAAACUACCUCCAGUUAAUGAAGAGACUGUAAUUUUUAAAAGCAAUCGGCAGGCAGCAGGAAAGAUAUUUGAGAUAUUUGGACCUGUUGCACAUCCAUUUUAUGUGUUACGAUUUAAUUCUUCAGAGCACAUUGAGAACAAAGGUAUUAAAAUAAAGGACACUAUGUAUUUUGCUCCAUCAAUGAAAGACUUCACCCAAUAUGUAUUCACAGAAAAACAGGAUAAGGGAUCGGAUGCAUCUUGGGAGAAUGAUCAGGAACCGCCACCAGAUGCCUUAGAUUUUAGUGAUGAUGAAAAGGAAAAAGAAGCCAAACACAGAAAAAAAUACCGCGUUCAAGGCCGGAAAAAAUUAAGAUCUCAACUUAAUGAAUCAAGUGAAGAUUUUGCAGAAGUACAUCAGAAUUGGAAUGCUCAUAGCUCUGCUUCAGAGCAUCCAAAAGGAUAUCGCAACAGAGAAUUCACGCGAGGAUUUCCCCGGGGUAGAUACCCUCGACCUUGUCAUGGCAGGCCCCCGCCUCCACAGUUCUAUAACGCAGAGCACGUGGUAUCUCGGGAGACUUCAGGACUGCCACCUCCGAGACAAGAUCAUCUUAUGCCACAGUUCCCCUUUCCUCCCCCAGGGUUUGACGUGCAUAAUUUUUCACUCCCUCCUCCGCUGCCACCACCACCUCCACCUCCACCACCUGCGUUUGUGAACAUGGGUUGGGCUGCACCCAACAUGCCACCUCCUUCAUUACUUCCUGGACCAUACUCCCUACCCCCGCCUCCUCCCCCUCCGCCCCUGCCUCCCUCUCCCUCUUCUGGAGAUGGUAAUUCUUCUCAUUUUGGACCUUACUAUUAGGUGAAUACAUGCCUUUCCAGAGAAAUGUAGACUUUUUAUUUUAUAUGGGAAGGGUUUUGUUUUUUUUAAAGAAGCAAUUAUGGAUUUAGAUUUUUUAAACACUGUAAAAAACCGAAUGCUUCCUUUAGUUGUAAGUUGAAAUAUACUUAUAACCUUUGUGAAAUUGUAUCCAUGUGAAAAUUUCACUUUAGAUUCGUAGGGGGAAAUUCCAAUGAUCUCAUAUUUAAUUUAGAGUUUGAAUCCAUGCCUUCCCCAUCCCUGCCCAGUUAGACAGUAUACACAGGUUUGAUAACAAGCAGGUCUGGAGCAGCUUUCAUCAUGGAUUAAAAUACACUGGACUUACGAUUAUCCUGUUGGUAUAUCUGAACACUGUG